ACCACUAUGUUUUCUAUCACAGGUCUCAUAAUCACAUGUUUAAUAUAUCACACCGUUUAUGGUGUGCCAGAUACGCAAAUCGUAGGCGGCACAAAUGCUUCAGAGAGCAGAUAUCCUUAUCAAGCGUCAUUGAAAUAUAAUGGAAACCAUGUUUGCGGUGGAGCUAUCAUUCACAAGAAAUAUGUUAUCACCGCGGCGCAUUGUUUAGUGGGAAAGGAGCCAAGAAAUAUUUUGGUCGACGUUGGAAGCGUUAAUCUUGAUUUUCCUGAAACUAGACAUACGGUGUACAAUCUAAUAGUACACCCUGAUUACAACAGAAUGCUAUUUUUAAACGAUAUUGGUUUAGUUAAUCUAACAUCAGAAAUCAAGUUCAAUGAUAAAACUAAUUUAAUAAAUUUAGUAUCUUCCGACAGUAAUUACGAUGGUUUGAACUUUACAGUUACUGGCUGGGGAAGUCUUUCGUGGGACGGUUUAAAUUCAAAAUACCUUCAACAAAUUGUAGUGCGGCAAUUUCCUCAGGCUAGUUGCGCCCAAGUUUCAAUAUACAAAGACAUCACCGAUCAUCAUAUAUGCACCCUUAAUGCGUAUGGUCAAGGAAUGUGCAAUGGUGAUUCCGGUAGUGCACUCACUUACCAAGGCAACCUGGUUGGCAUCAUGUCUUAUAAUAUACAGCCAUGCGCCAGUGGUUGGCCAGAUUUGUUCACCAAAGUAUACUAUCACAAACAGUGGAUUGACAGUAAUAUUAAUAAUAAUGAUGAUAAUAAUGGUAAUAAUGCAGGCAGCAAUCAACAAUUGAAUAUCAUUCUUGGAAUAUUUAUGUCAUAUGUAUGUAUUUUAUUUAUGUAA